AUGGUCCACAAAGUGCUCUUCUGGAGCGGUUUCGGCAUUGCCGUCCGUCUCUGGCAACUCGGUAUCGAGAUGCGUCCGAUCCUCGCCAAAGAAUCCCUCUGGGUCUACCCUCUUUUUGCCGGUGUUGGUGGAAGCUUCGGUUACUGGCUCCAGGGUGUGGAGAGCCGUCAACUUAAGAUGCUCGCCCAGCGACGAGAGGCUAUUCUCGAGAAGCGCCGACGGAGAGACCAGCGCGAAGGUCUGAGCAAGACAGAAGAGAGUGCUGUCCUGGCGGCGACAUCAUAA